CAAAAUAUCAUCAUCAUAAUCAUCACAAUAGCAACAGCUGCAUGACCUCUUAACACAAAAGAUGAAAGCCUGAUGGCCUCUAGACCCUGCCCUCCAACCCUCUGAUCCAUUGCUCCACAAAUGGCCCAAUGCCCAUCAAUUAUAUGAUUUAAUCACCAUAAACGAAAGACAGAAAAGCACCUGGAGGAUAAUGCACUAAACGAUAAGAAGCAAAAACACAAAAAUUUUAAAAAAAUUAAACGAGAAGCAAAAAAAAUACCAAACUGUUGGGUCAAAAGGCAAAAUGUUACAACUAAUCAAAAUCCAUAUGGCCCACUUGCUAUGCAUUAUCCUGUGAGUUUCGUUUGAGAGAAAGAGAGAGAGAGGGACAGAACCAAGAAUGGCAUCCUACACAUCCCUGACUGCAAUGGAAAUCUGCGGCUGUCUCCUCCUGCUACUUACCAUGCUUUUCAGUAGUGGCUAUUGUAUAGACUGUUUCAAGUGCGUCUCGUAUAAUGGCGCCAAUAAGGCCUGCGAUGAUCCAUUUCAUAAUAAUUUCUCAACCGCCAUACUCGAAUCGCCCUGUAUGGGUGGUCGCAAGGGUCGUGAUGGCUUAUUCCCAGCGACCGCUUGCAUUAAAAUUGCCGGCUAUUAUGAUGAAACGGGCGAGACGAUAACAGUGCGUGGAUGUGCCCUGGACAGUGGCACAUUGACCACGGACACAGAGAUUAUACGAAUGUCGCAUUGUGGCAAAUUUUAUUAUGACAACAAAUAUGUACAUGGUUGCCUCCAAAGCUGCAGUGAUGCGGAUGCCUGUAAUGCAGCGUCAACGCAACAUGUUCGCCCCAUGGUUACGGCGGAGUCGGUUAUGCGGCAUCUGCUUAGCACCUUGGUUUUGCUGCUUGCCCCAACAUGGAGGUAGCAGUGAGAGGAUGCAACAAAAAAGGCAAAUGGCAUAUAAAAUAUGAGGAGGAUAUGCCUUGGAUAAUGUGACAAGUGCGGAAAGAAAAUAAGCAUUUAAUAUAAUUUAGCUGCACGGCAAUUUCCGUUUUCGUCUCUCUUGUUUUCACUUUACAGUCUGUUUGAAACCUAUCUAAAUGUAUCUUUCUCUCAAAAUCAUCUCUUUGUCACACUAUUUAUCACGUUCUCUCCGUGUCGAAAUUUUCACUAAAAAUUACACACAAAAAGAUGAAAACGAAAAGUAGCAGCGAUAAAUUAAAACCCAACAAAGGAAAAGCAAAGAAAAUAUUUUUAUGGAAAUUCAUCAAGCAAUUAUGUGAUUUAUGAAAUGAAUAUUUAACAACUCUUUAACAAUAAUUGAUGAAUAAAACGAAAAAGAAAAAACAACAAGCAAAACCAAAACAAUUAAAAUUAUAUAAACUAAGCCUUGCUAAGCAAAAUUAACAACAUCUCGGAACAGAAUGAAAAAAAAAAAAAGAAUCAAAAAACUAAAUUCAAAUUCAAUUGCAAUUAUUUUUUAGGCUACUAAGUUGCUAUAUGGUGAAACAAACAAAAAGAAAACCAA